GUUUUGUCCGGUGCUGGUGAUCAUGAAGACGGAUUUCAAGUUUUCCAACCUUCUGGGUACCGUCUAUCGCAAAGGGAAUAUUCUCUUUACCCCCGAUGGCACUUGCUUGCUCUCGCCCGUGGGCAACCGGGUCUCGGUGUUUGACCUAGUCAACAAUACCUCCUAUACCCUUCCCUUUGCGCAUCGCACCAAUAUCGAUCGUCUAGAUCUUUCGCCCCGAGGAAACCUCUUGUUGACCGUGGACGAGAAUGGUCGCGCGAUUCUGACCAACUUCCCCCGCCGAGUCGUCAUCCAUCACUUCACCUUCAAAGGCCGCGUCUCCGCCCUCAAAUUCUCGCCCUCUGGCCGUCAUUUCGCCGUCGGAGUGGGGCGACGUCUGCAGCUGUGGCAUACGCCGCAGACCCCCGGCGCGGACAACAAUGGAGAACUCGAGUUCGCGCCGUUCGUUCUGCACCGCGAUCUGGCCGGGCAUUUCGACGCUAUCCAGAGCAUUGAGUGGUCGAGCGACUCCCGCUUCCUUCUGACGGCCGCCAAGGAUUUGACUGCGCGCGUAUGGAGUUUGGACCCGGAGGAUGGUUUUGAGCCGACGACUCUGGCGGGACACCGCCAGGGUGUCAAGGCCGCUUAUUUCUCGGCGGACCAGGAAUCCAUCUACACAGUCAGCCAGGAUGGCGCUCUCUUCCGCUGGGAGUACGUGACCAAGAAAGACCCAGACACGAUGGAGGAUAUCACCGACGAGCGGUGGAGGAUCGUCAAGAAGGACUACUUCAUGCAAAACGACGCCAGGGUCAACUGCGCUGCGUUCCACGCUCCCACCGGUCUUUUGAUCGUAGGGUUCUCGAACGGUCUGUUUGGGAUCUACGAUCUGCCAGAAUUCAACAUGAUCCACCAAUUGAGUGUCUCCCAGAGUAAUAUCGACAAUGUCACCAUCAACAAGUCCGGCGAGUGGCUGGCGUUCGGCUCCUCGAAACACGGCCAGUUGCUGGUCUGGGAGUGGCAAUCGGAGUCCUAUAUCUUGAAACAGCAAGGCCACUUGGACUCGCUGAAUUCUCUCGUGUACACGCCGGACGGACAGAGGAUCGUGACUGCGGCAGACGACGGCAAGAUCAAGCUGUGGGAUGUCAAGUCCGGCUUCUGUAUUGUGACCUUUACGGAGCAUACGAGCGGGGUGACGGCCUGUGAAUUUUCCAAGAAAGGCAACGUCCUGUUUACUGCGUCGUUGGACGGGUCUAUCCGAGCUUGGGAUCUGGUCCGGUAUCGCAAUUUCCGAACCUUCACCGCGCCGUCCCGCUUAUCCUUCUCCUCCCUGGCAGUCGACCCCAGCGGGGAGGUAAUCUGUGCUGGAUCCCCGGAUUCCUUCGACAUCCAUAUCUGGUCGGUGCAAACGGGCCAGUUGCUGGAUCAGUUGUCUGGCCACGAGGGCCCCGUUUCGGCCCUCGCGUUUUCUGCCGACGGAAGCCAUCUGGUCAGCGGCAGUUGGGACCGAACUGUUCGGCUGUGGAGCAUCUUCGGGCGAUCUCAGACCAGCGAACCUCUGAUCCUCACGUCCGAUAUCUUGAGUGUCGCUUUCCGGCCCGAUGGAAAGCAGGUCGCGGCGUCCUCGCUCGAUGGCCAGCUCACCUUCUGGUCCGUGGAGGAUGCGGUCCAGCAAGGCGGACUGGACGGUCGUCGUGACAUCUCGGGUGGCCGCAAGGUCACCGAUCGCCAGACGGCCGCCAACGCCGCCGGGACCAAGUCCUUCACUUGCGUCACAUACAGCGCAGAUGGCAGCUGCGUCCUGGCAGCAGGCAACAGCAAAUACAUCUGUCUGUACGACGUGCGGACCGGCUCGCUGGUCAAGAAGUUCACCGUGUCUGUCAACACCUCGAUCGACGGCACUCAGGAGAUCCUCAACAGCCGCGACCUCACGGAGGCAGGCGCGCGGGCUCUCAUCGACGAGACCGGCGAGGCAUCGGACCACGAAGAUCGCAUCGACCGCAGCCUCCCAGGCGCCAAGCGUGGAGACGCCGGGGCACGCACCACCCGCCCCGAAGUGCGGGUUACAUCCGUGGACUUCUCCCCGGCCGGACAGGCCUUCUGCGCCGCCUCCACCGAGGGACUUCUCGUCUACAGCCUCGACACGCAAUUCGUGUUCGAUCCCUUCGAUCUCGACAUCGACAUCACUCCCUCGACCAUCGUGGCCACCCUGGAGGCAGCGAAGGCGGCCCGUGCGUCGGGCGAGGUCGACGAAGACAACAGCUUCUUAAAAGCCCUCAUCAUGGCCUUCCGGCUGAACGAGGCUCAGCUGAUGUCCGUCGUCCACCAGGCCAUCCCGCCAUCAGACAUCCAGCUCGUGGUCCGUGCCGUCCCCACGGUCUACCUCCCCCGUCUGCUCCGGUUCGUCGCACACGCCGCCGAGGAGACCCCCCAUCUCGAGUUCAACUUGCUCUGGAUCGAAGCCCUAUUCAGCAACCACGGCCGCUACUUCAAAGACAACGCAGGCACCUUCGCCACGGAGCUCCGCGCCGUGCAGCGCGCGGUCGACGACAUCCGCGAGAACCUCAAGCGCCUAGCCGAGAAGAACGUCUACGACCUCACCUACCUCCUCUCGCGCCCCGCCCUCAACAAGAAGGAGACCCCGGUGACGCUGAAAGCCAUCGAGCUUGAGGUCAACGGUGGAAAGGACGAGGCCAUGGUUGAGGAUGAUGCAGAGGAGGGAGAGGGAGAUGGUGAAUGGAUGGGUCUGGAAUAAACUACCUGAUUUUUUUUUCUUUCUUUCUUUUGUAUUAUUCAUGUGUGUGCCGUCUUCCCUAGAUUUUGCAUCUGCGUCUGGCGUUGAACUUGUGGGAUACCUACCUGGAUUUAUAUGAUAAAGGGGACAUCAAAAGUUUGGGUCCUGUGC